AGUGACGCGCGCCCAGCCCGUUCCCGCCCAGCUCCGCAUCCACCAUGCGGGUCCGCAGGGAGGGCUCGGGGGCGCGGGACCCGCCGGCGGCCGGGAAGGAGCAGAAGGAGCAAGAGCAGUACGUGGUGGGGCAGGUGUCGGGCAGCCUCGGGGCGGGCGCGGCGCCCCCCGCGCCCCUCGCACGCCUGUUCCGCGGCGCCGCCCCGCCCGUGCUGGUGGCCGUGCCCGCGAAGGGAAAUAAGAAAAGGAAGCAUGCGGAAGAAGCGGAGAAAGUGUCAGAAGACCAGAGCUCUUUCAUCGUGCAAGAACCUUCGGUAAAAGCAAAGAAAGCCGGAAAAAAGGAACCUUCAAAAGCAGAGAAAAAACUGUCAGAGAGAGAGAACGCUUUGAAGCAGGCAGAUGAAGAGGAGGAUCAAAAAGUGUUUCAAAACAAAACGAAGCAAAAGAAAAAGGCUUCUCAAGCCAUCACCGAAAGUGUUGUUAAUUCACCUAUGGGCACAACUGCAAAACAACAAAAGAGAAAAAAGGUGGCUGAUGAAAAGGUAGACAGAAGAACAGUGUUUGUUGGAAACUUACCUGUCAGCUGUACUGUUCAGGUACUGAAGUCUCUUUUUAAGAAGUAUGGACAAAUCCAGUCCAUUCGCUUCCGGUCAUUGAUUCCAGCAGAAGAUACUAUAUCCAAAAAGGUAGCAGCAAUCAAGCACAAGCUGCACCCCAAUGCAAAGUUUGUUAAUGCUUAUGUUGUCUUUAAGGAAGAAUGUGACGCCGAGAAGGCUCUGAAGGAGAAUGGAACAGAAAUUGCUAGUGGAUUUCACAUCAGAGUUGACACCGCAUCUAAAACCAGUUCACAUGACAAUAAACGUUCUGUAUUCUUGGGAAAUCUGCCAUAUGACAUCCUUGAUGAUGCUGUGAGAGAACACUUCCAUGUCUGUGGAGAUGUCGUGGGAGUGCGAGUUGUGAGAGACAGAAAGACUGGCCUGGGAAAAGGCUUUGGAUACGUUCUCUUUGAGAACACAGAUGCUGUACAUCUUGCUCUGAAACUCAACAACUCUGUUCUGAUGGGAAGAAAGAUACGAGUGCAGCGCACAGGAGACAAGAGGAAAGCACCACAGAAAAUUCCAGGCCGGUCUCGUGCUCCCAAGGCUACAGUUAAUACCACAACAAAAAAGAAGAGCUCCUCUGAUGAUUCUUUUGUUGGUGAAAAAGCAACCCCGUUGAAGAAGAGCACUAAACCAAAAAGACUAAAAACUAUUCCUAGGAAAAAAGCUGGAAAAAACAAACAGAAGUUUGAUAAAAAUCGAGCAGAUAAAAAUGCUAAUUAGUGUCACAAAGAUUCAUGUAUGUAAGAGUGUUUUGUCAUAAAUUUUGUUUGCUAAUA